AUGGACAUCACAAAAACCACACCCAGUCCGUAUACCCUUCGAACUCACCGACCUGGUGACAUGGGCUGGAUUGUUCAUCGACAUGGCGCUUUAUACACCACAGAAUUUGGAUGGAACGAGCGAUUUGAGGCUCUUGUAGCCCGUGUGACCGCUGACUUUCUGGAAAAUUAUGAUCCAAAAUCAGAUCGUUGUUGGAUUGCCGAGCGUGAUGGAAAUAUUAUCGGCUCUAUCAUGCUAGUUAAAGACAGAAGCUCCAGCGACCAUGCAGCCAAGCUCCGUCUUCUCCUCGUGGAACCGACCGCUAGAGGACUGGGUCUGGGCCAAGAUCUAGUACGGCAGUGUUCCAACUUCGCACGGGAAGUGGGCUAUUUACGGGUUCAUCUGUGGACAAACAGCGCACUGCUCUCGGCCCGUCGCUUAUAUGAAAGAGAAGGGUACAAGCUCACAAGCUCAGAGGAAAAUGACACGCUGGGUGUUAGAUUGAACUCGGAAACUUGGGAAUUGAUGCUUUAG